AUGACAACACACAAGGCAAGGGAUAUAAGUGCGGUUGUUUGGAUGGUUACCACGGGAGCCCUUACCUUCCUAAGGGAUGCCACGAUAUCAAUGAGUGUGAAGACCCAAACAACAAUUGCCGAAGUGAAGCUAUUUGCACCAAUACGCCAGGCAGCUACAGGUGCAGUUGCNUGA